GCUUCCAGACCCAUUCCUGUUCCUGAGCCGUCCACAGAGGCCCCGUCUGUGUUACCAGAGACCCAGACAGAGGUAGUGGACCCGGAUUCCAUGCCUACCACUGAAACAGCCACAGCACCUCCAGUCCCAGGCCCGGAACUGGAACAGCAACCAGCACCAGCGAUUGCAACCCCAUCUUCAAACUCAACGCCAGUGGGCGCCAGCGAGCCAGAACUGGCAGAAGCAAAAGACAGCCAUACCCAAAAGGCUCAGCCAGAGCCUGAAAUACCCUCAGGUGCACCAGCGGAGAGCGGUUCACCAGCAACGGAAACAACCCCAUCACCUACAUCGCUUCCAGAGGGACCAAGCCCAAGUCCACAGUCUGAGGAAGAACUGGUGACCCCAGCCUCAAGGGAACAGUUCCAGACUGAGCAGGAAGCAGAUGACAGCCUUCAGAAAGCUUGGGCGGCGGCACGGAGCACCCCACCGCCUCUCAGCUCUUCUAAUCGAUCCCAGUUUGUUAUAGACCAAGGACUUUUAUACAAGGAAAUUCUUUCUGGUGGACACCGGGAAGAAUGGCAGCCGCAAAAACAGUUGGUGGUUCCAACUAAGUACCGGGGGAAGCUCUUAAGCUUAGCCCAUGAUCAUCCCAGUGGCCAUGCUGGGGUGAACAGAACCAAGGACCGGUUGGGGAAGUCCUUCCACUCGGAGGGGAUGGGCAAGGACGUUGCCAAGUAUGUCCGGUCUUGUGAGGUAUGCCAAAGAGUGGGAAAGCCUCAAGACCAGGUCAACCAGCACCAAGCAGAGCCUGGCCACAGAGCAGCACUACAGCCGUGGCUACAGCAGGUGCCCUAUAUGCCUGAGCUGCUCAGGGAUGAAAAAGCAUGUGGGCUCCUGGCUGCUGAACAACCUGCUCCACAUCUCACCCUCUCCUGCUCCCAGAGUAGCCUGCUCACAACAGAAACCAAGACCAGCCCCCAACUGGCCUGGCACCCACUGUCCCUAAUGUGGAAAGCCUGA